CUCCAGUCCUUCCAGAAGAGGGCGCUUGGUGUUUACAGUGAAAUUUUAGAGUUGUUUUUCUUUGAUUGUAGAUUGGGAGUCCUCCUCUUGAUCCUACUGAGCAUUUUCUUCCUGAAGAAGAGAAACUUACUGAACAAGAGAGAUCAAAAAGAUUUGAGAAGGUUUAUACUCAUAACCUAUAUUACCUGGCUCAAGUCUACCAACAUAAGGAAGUGUUUGAGAAGGCUGCUCAUUAUUGCCACAGUACCCUAAAACGCCAGCUUGAGCACAAUGCCUACCAUCCUAUAGAGUGGGCUAUUAAUGCUGCUACCUUGUCACAAUUUUACAUCAAUAAGCAAUGCUUUAUGGAGGCCAGGCACUGUUUAUCAGCUGCUAAUGUCAUUUUUGGUCAAACUGGAAAGAACCCAACCACAGAAGACACUACUGAAACUGAAGGAGAUGUGCCAGAGCUUUAUCAUCAAAGAAAAGGGGAAAUAGCAAGAUGCUGGAUCAAAUACUGUUUGACACUCAUGCAGAAUGCUCAACAUUCAAUGCAGGACAACAUAGGAGAACUUGAUCUUGAUAAACAAUCUGAACUGAGAGCUUUAAGGAAAAAAGAACUCGAUGAGGAAGAAAGCGUCAGGAAGAAAGCUGUGCAGUUUGGAACCGGUGAGCUCUGUGAUGCCAUCUCUGCGGUGGAAGAGAAAGUGAGCUACCUGAGACCUUUAGAUUUUGAAGAAGCCAGAGGGCUUUUCUUAGUGGGUCAGCACUAUGUCUCUGAAGCAAAAGAGUUCUUUCAGAUUGAUGGCUAUGUCACUGACCAUAUUGAAGUUGUCCAAGACCACAGUGCUCUGUUUAAAGUGCUUGCGUUCUUUGAAACUGACAUGGAGAGACGUUGCAAGAUGCAUAAACGUAGAAUAGCCAUGCUAGAGCCCCUAAUUGUGGAUCUGAACCCACAGUAUUAUCUGUUGGUCAACAGACAGAUUCAGUUUGAAAUUGCACAUGCUUACUAUGAUAUGAUGGAUUUGAAGGUUGCCAUUGCUGACAAGCUGAGGGAUCCUGAUUCACACAUCGUAAAAAAAAUAAAUAAUCUUAAUAAGUCAGCAAUGAAGUACUACCAGCUCUUCCUAGACUCCCUGAGAGACCCAAAUAAAGUGUUUCCUGAGCAUAUAGGGGAAGACGUGCUUCGCCCUGCCAUGUUGGCUAAGUUUCGAGUUGCUCGUCUCUAUGGCAAAAUCAUCACUUCAGAUCCCCAAAAAGAGCUAGAAAAUUUGGCAACAUCCUUGGAACAUUACAAAUUUAUUGUUGAUUACUGUGAAAAGCACCCCGAAGCUGCUCAGGAAAUAGAAGUGGAGCUAGAACUUAGUAAAGAGAUGGUGAGUCUUCUUCCAACAAAAAUGGAGAGAUUCAGAACCAAGAUGGCCCUGACUUAAUAAACUUCAUUUUUAAUGAAAGAAAAUGUGCAAUAUUGAAGAUAUUUUUUCCCCUUAGUCAAACGGGCCCAAUUCCAUUGUUAUAUUUACUUUUAUAGCCAGAGGAGUGCAGUUCGAACUUGAGAUACAGUCAGACCAAUGUAGUCUUUACUAGGACCUUAAUCAACAUAAAUGUAAUUAAUAAUUUAUAUCUAAUUAUGUAGAUUGACUUGUUAAAGUGACAUGUGAUUGGUAUUUUAGAGUGUAUGUUCCCUAUUUAAAUAUAAACUUUUCCUGCCUCAUUUUCUAAAGGUAGGUUCUUCGUUGUCUAGUACCUGAUGGAUCCUUUGAGAGGAAAAAUGCUGGUUAAUAUAUCUUGUAGACCAACCUAUUAUUAAAAUUGAAAAAGUAACUUCCUGUAAUACUUUCAACAAUAAAGAUUAAGAGAAAAA